CCACGCGCCGUCGCGCGCCCGUGCGAUGGUCUGUAGCACUCGGCCGGCGCCCUUGUGUUUCGGCUCCGCCCCCUGGCGCGGCGCGCGGCGCUCUCCUCCGCUCCAUCCAUCUAGCUGCCGGACAUGAUGAGGACCGGGGCCCACGCGGAUCUCGAGGCGGGCCACGUCAGCUCCCCGCGCGGCGGCGCGUCAGCGGCCUCGGCCCCGGCCACGGCCGGUCAGGAGCAGGCGGAGGCGCAGGUCAGUGCGCCCGCGAAAACCUCGCCCGCCUUCUUUCCAUCAUCUCUGACGGUGGCAGUUUCCGCAAAGAUCUAUUCCUUGCUUACAAGACUCUCGGUGUUGUGUUCGGUGGCCUCGUCACAUCUCCCCUUUAUGUUUAUCCCUCAAUGAACUUGGCAUCUCCCACAAAAGAUGACUACAUGGGGUUAUACAGCAUAAUGUUUUGGACUCUUACUUUGAUUGGUGUCGUCAAGUAUGCAGGCAUAGCACUCAAUGCCGACGAUCAUGGUGAAGGUGGUACAUUUGCCAUGUAUUCUCUGUUGUGCAGGCAUGCCGAUAUAGGCAUACUUCCUUCCAAAAAGUUUUAUUCAGAAGAAGAGCCUCUGAUUCACAAUCAGUCUGCAGUAGAUAGAAGGCCUAGUUGGCUAGGGAAGUUCUUUGAGCGAAGCAUAACAGCUAGAAGAGUACUUUUGUUCAUGGCGAUACUGGGGAUGUGCAUGCUCAUUGGGGAUGGCAUACUCACUCCUGCUAUUUCAGUAUUAUCAGCCAUCGAUGGACUAAGAGGGCCAUUUCCUUCUGUCAGCAAGCCUGCAGUGGAAGCCCUAUCUGCUGCGAUUCUUAUCGGCUUAUUCUUGCUGCAAAAGUUUGGGACUUCAAAAGUGAGCUUUCUGUUUUCACCGAUCAUGGCAGCAUGGACUUUCACCACUCCGAUCAUCGGCGUGUAUAGCAUAGUUCGUUACUAUCCUGGUAUCUUCAAAGCAAUUUCGCCUCAUUACAUUGUCCACUUCUUCCUGAGAAAUAAAAAGGAAGGGUGGCGCAUGCUCGGUGGAACUGUUCUAUGCAUCACAGGUGCUGAAGCUAUGUUUGCAGACCUUGGCCACUUCAGCAAGAAGGGUAUUCAGAUUGCAUUUCUGUUUAGCAUAUAUCCUUCUCUGGUCCUUACAUAUGCUGGGCAAACAGCGUACCUGAUCAACAAUGUCAAUGACUUCAGUGAUGGGUUCUACAAAUUUGUCCCUCGCCCUGUUUACUGGCCCAUGUUCGUCAUCGCGACGCUGGCAGCAAUUGUCGCAAGCCAAUCCUUGAUAUCUGCAACAUUUUCAGUCAUCAAGCAGUCGGUUGUCCUGGACUGCUUCCCACGCGUUAAGGUGGUGCACACGUCUCAGCACAAAGAAGGGGAGGUUUACUCCCCAGAAACCAAUUACAUCCUCAUGGUACUGUGCGUCGGCGUCGUACUAGGCUUCGGAGCUGGAAAUUCGAUCGGCAACGCAUUCGGUGUUGUGGUGAUCAUGGUCAUGCUCAUAACCACAAUCAUGCUCACUCUGGUGAUGAUCAUCAUAUGGAGAACACCCCCUGCUCUUGUCGCGCUGUACUUCAUCCCCUUCUUCAUCAUGGAAGGGGCCUACGUCAGCGCCGUCUUCACCAAGAUCCCUGAAGGCGGCUGGCUCCCGUUCGCGGUGUCCAUGAUCCUGGCGCUGAUCAUGUUCGGCUGGUACUACGGCAGGCAACGGAAGACGGAGUACGAGAUGGCGAACAAGGUGACCGUUGAGCGCCUCGCCGAGCUCCUGGCCAGGCCGGAGGUCCAGAGGGUCCCCGGGCUGUGCUUCUUCUACAGCAACAUCCAGGACGGGCUCACCCCGGUCCUUGCUCACUACAUCAAGAACAUGAGCUCGCUGCACGCGGCCACGGUCUUCGUCACCCUGCGGUUCCUGCUGGUGGCCAAGGUGGACGAGCGGGAGAGGAUCCUCGUCCGGAGGCUGGGGCCCGGUGGGGUGUACGCUUGCACGGUCCAGUACGGGUACGCCGACAGCCUCCGCGGCGACGACCUCGCCGCGCAGGUGACGAGCCGCCUGCGGCGGCACGUCGAGGCGGAUGAGGCCGCGCGGCUGGAGGCGGCGUGGAGGGCCGGCGUGGUGCACGUGCGGGGCAAGAUGAGGUUCUACGUGGGCGAGGACGCCGGGUGGUUCGACAAGGUCAUGCUCGGGUUCUACGAGUUCCUGCACGGCAUCUGCCGCUCCGCGCUGCCGGCGCUCGGGACGCCGCUGCAGCAGCGGGUCGAGAUCGGCAUGCUGUACAAGGUCUGAUCUGAUCGGCCCGGUUAAACCACUUAUCAGUGCCCAUCGAUGGAGUGGGCACUAUAGUUAAAAGAGGAGUGUAUGCAAGAUCAUAAUGAUUCAAUUAUUGUGCCCGUGGAUGGCAUGCAGUAGCGUAUAGAAGAUUAGAAGUAGUUCAAACAUGAAAACGUAGUAAAAUUUGAAGUGGCAAUGGAAGGGCAGGAAUCUGAUCUUGGACAGGGUUUA